UAUAAAGAAAUAUGAUAGGCUUUCAAACACUUUUUCAUUGCUCGUUGCAAUUAUAAGUUAACUAUGUAUUUGUAUAGCAAAGAUAAGAUUAGCAAACAUAGUAACACUCAUUUCAAAAUAUUUUCAUUAAGUGACAGUGACAGGCAGUUGAUAACAGUUUCUUAGAGAAGACGUCUCGUCUAAUAGUUUGUAAAAAGUAAAUCAAAUAAUGUACAUAAAGCAUACGAAAAUGAAACUUAUUUCAAAUGCCGUUAUUGCGAACCUGAGCUUUGGGAGAAGAUAUUCUUCCUCGAACCAACAGAAAAAAACAGCAUACUAUCACAAUAUUGGAAAGAAACCGCUGGUUUAUAGAACUCUUGGAGAACAACUUGACAAAGCUGUUGAAAAAUUUCCGAAUACAAAGGCGAUAAUAUCGUGUCAUGAAAAGAAAAGUUAUACUUUUUCCACUUUGAAAGAUGAAGUUGAUCGUCUAGCAGCUGGUUUUAUUCAACUGGGUCUUAAGAUUGGUGAUCCAAUUGGAAUUUGGGCUCCGAACUAUAUGCAUUGGUACUUGACGAUGCUUGCUGCCGCGAAGGCUGGACUUCCUUCAGUAGGUAUUAAUCCAGCUUUCCAAGGUCCUGAGGUUGACUACUGCUUAAAAAAAGUUGAAGUCAAGGCCAUUGUAGCUCCUCAUGUGUUCAAGGGCACAGAAUAUUAUAACAUUUUAGCAAAACUUUGUCCGGAAAUGAAGGAUUCCAAACCUGGUACUUUGAGAAGUUCCCGUUUUCCUCACUUGAAAACUGUGAUAAUAAACUCUGACGAAAAACUUCCAGGCGUCUUUAGAUUCCACGACAUCCUCAAUUUAGGUGAUAAUUUGGAUUCUCUCCGGAAAUUAUCCUCUUUGAAGCCUUUUAUAUCAGCUGAUUCUCCCUGCAACAUUCAGUUUACAUCCGGGAGUACAGGGAAACCAAAGGCUACUGUCUUGAGUCACUUAAAUGUUGUCAACAAUGGAAUUUUAAUUGGUUCUCGAGCUGAACUGGGAGGUGAAACGAUUUGUGUUCAAGUUCCCCUGUUUCACGCUUUUGGAGUAACAAUUACAAUAUCCGCUGCCAUGAGCUGUGGGGCAACCAUGGUUCUACCAGCACCUGUUUUUAAACCGGAAGAAUCACUUAAAGCAAUUGCAAACGAGCAGUGUACAGUAGUAUUUGGAACACCAACAAUGUAUGUAGACCUCAUUCAGAAACAAAAAGAGUUUCCUCAGCCUAUUGAAUCACUAAAAAAAGGUGUAACAGGUGGAGCUCCAUGUUCACCUCAACUGUUUCGAGAUAUGAAAAAAGUACUUGGAUUGGAUAAAAUAAAAUCUGUUUUUGGGUUGACGGAAACUACUUCAACAGUAUUCCUUACCAUGCCGGAUGACCCUGAUGAGAAGAUCUUUAACUCAGUUGGCCACGUUCUCGAUCACACUGAGGCAAAGGUCAUAGACGAAAAGGGAAAUAUUGUUUUUUUUGGUGAACCUGGCGAGCUUUGUAUUCGUGGACACAGCGUUAUGUUGGAAUAUUUUAAAGAUGAAGAGAAAACAAAAGAAAUUCUGGGAUGUGAUAAAUGGCUUAAAACUGGUGAUCAAUUCAUCCUACAAGAAGAUGGAUAUGGGAAGAUUGUUGGACGUCUGAAAGAGAUGAUAAUCCGUGGUGGGGAAAAUAUAUUUCCCAAGGAAAUCGAAGACAUCCUUAACACGCAUCCUGAUAUAAUUGAAAGCUAUGUAAUAGGCGUUGAAGACGAGCGCAUGGGUGAAGAAGUGUGUGCUUUUGUUCGUUUACAAGAUGGUGUUAAAGGUCUAACUCAAAUGGAAGUUAAGGAAUAUUUUAAGGGAAAAAUUGCGCACUUCAAAAUACCACGAUACGUGAAGGUGGUGACAGACUUUCCAAAGACCACAUCGGGUAAAAUUCAGAAAUUUAAAUUAAAAGAUCUGUUUGUAAAAAAACUAUAGCUAUCCUAAUAUAAAUCAAAUGAAAAUUUCUAUACAUUUA